CACACACACAUAGAGAGAGAGAGAGCUUCACAAACAGAGAGAGAGAGAGAGAGAGAGCUUCACACACAAAGAGAGAGAGAGAGAGAGAGAGAGAGAGCGAGCUUCAGCAGCACUGCGUUCUUCUCUGGUCGGUAUCGAUCCUGUGGUCUCGCUGGAGGAGCGGCCAUGGGGCGCGUGUGAAGCAGGAGGAGACGAGGAAGCGAGCUAACGGAGCUAACUGAAGCUAACGGAGCUAACUGAAGCUAACGGAGCUAACUGAAGCUAACGGAGCUAACUGAAGCUAGCUGGAGCUAACGGAGCUAACUGGAGCUAGCUGGAGCUAAGCUACCGACGCUAAGCUAACUGGAGCUAGCUGGCUAACCGCUGGCUUCUCAUGAGCGGCCACGGAGCAUGCGACCUGAGACUCGGAGCUGACUUGUUCGGGGAUGUCGGGCAGUAAGGCGCUGGGCGGGGGGCUGGUGGGGGCGAGGCGCAGGCGGACGCGGUGCCGGCGCUGCCAGGCCUGCAAGAGGACGGAGUGUGGAGAGUGCAACUUCUGUAAGGACAUGAAGAAGUUUGGAGGGCCCGGACGCAUGAAGCAGUCCUGCUUCCUGAGACAGUGCACGGCGCCGGUGUUGCCUCACACGGCGGUGUGUUUCUCCUGCGGGGAGGCGGGUAAGGAGAACACGGUGGAGUCUGAGGAGGAGAAGUUCAGCCUCUCGCUGAUGGAGUGCACCAUCUGUAACGAGAUCAUCCACCCGAGCUGUCUGAAGAUGGGUAAAGCUGAAGGAAUCAUCAACGAUGAGAUCCCAAACUGCUGGGAGUGUCCGAAGUGCCACAAGGAGGGCAAAACCAGUAAGGACCAGGCGGACGGCUUGGGGAAGCGGCGGCUGGAUAACGGGGAGGUCGGCCGCUGGAAGCUCACAGACGACCCCCCCCCUAAAAAGAAAGCCCCUCCCUCCCUGGAGGAGGGAGGGAGGCCUGAGGGGGGACACAAGAGGAAGAAGGAGAAGGAGCUGCCUCAGGACAGCGGGACCAAGAAGAAGAUGAAGGGCGCCCACGAGAAACGCCUCAAAAAGAAACCCAAACAGGAGGCGGUGGAGUCCAAUGGUCCCACCUCGUCGGUAGGAGGAGCAGCAGCAGGAGGACUACAGGGCUCCUCCACGUCGUCGUCUCAACCUGGGGGGGGAGGAGGGGGGCCGUCCAGUGCAGACCAGCGCUCCCACCACAGGGAGAAGCUGGAGCGCUUUAAGAGGAUGUGUCUGCUGGAGCGCCGGCCAGAGUCCUCCUCCUCCUCCUCCUCCAGCUCCGAGUCCGACUCCGAGUCCGACUCCGACGACUCCCUCAGGGAGGAGCAGGCGGGAGGAGGCUCCUCCCCUUCUUCCUCCUCCCCUGCCCCGCCUCCUCCCGUCGUCUACGGCAACAGCAGCGGGGGCCGGACGGAGCGAGAGAGGAGUCGCAGCGAGCGGGAGAGGGAGCGAGAGAGGGAGCGACGUCUCGCCGAGCUGGGCUUCAGCGCCAGCGAGGAGUCGGAGGAUGAGGGAGGGAGGGGGGAGGAGGAGCUGCGGGAGGAGGAGCAUGGAGGAGGGGAGAAGGCCCGACGGAGAGUGGGAGGAGGAGAGGCGGGGUUACCUCUGCGAGGACGUAAAGGUGGACUGCUGGACGGAGAGGAGGAGGACACACCUCCCUCUGACAGGAGCAGGAAGAACUCCGCCUCCCCCCCCGCCCUCACCCCUCUCCUCCAAUCAGAUGCCUCCGUCCUCGCAGCACGACAGCUUCACGGGGAAGCAGCGCAGCAACGGGCAGGAGGCCCGCAACGGACGGACACGAGGAGGGACAGGAGGGGGAGGGAAGGGGAGAGAAGGAGAACGCGAGCGGCGUUCUCACCAAUCACAGACACAGUGGGGGGAGGGGGCGGGGCCAAAGGCAGCGGGAGCCGCGGCAACAAGAUCCGUAGCAACAGUAAGAACCAGACGUCCAGAAACAGCAACUCCUCCAUCCCCAGCUCCAACGGGGAGGGGGGAGGCAGCCUGAUGAUGUCAGCGAUGGCGGCGUCCCCCUGCUCGCAGCCGUCCCGCCUCCCUCGCCCCCGGCCCGUUCAGAUGGAGAGGCACCUGGUGCGCCCCCCCUGCCCCGAGCCCAGCUGCCUGCCGCUGGACUCUGGCUCCUCCCACAUCAUGACACGGGACGUGUGGCUCAGAGUCUUUACUCACCUGAGCCAGAGAGAGCUGUGUGUCUGCAUGAGGGUGUGUCGCACCUGGAGCCGCUGGUGUUGUGAUAAGAGGUUGUGGACUCAGAUCGAUCUGAGCCGGCAGCGCUCCAUCACCCCCCCCAUGCUGAGUGGUAUCAUCCGCCGGCAGCCCGUCUCCCUGAACCUGGGUUGUACCAACAUCUCCAAGAAACAGCUGAUGUGGCUCAUCAACCGCCUACCAGGUCUGUUGGAGCUGAAUGUCUCUGGGUGUCCGUGGCCGGCGGUCUCCGCUCUGUGUCAGGCCAUCUGUCCCUGUCUGAAGCUGCUGGACCUCAGCAGAGUUGAGGACCUCAAAGACUCUCACCUGAGAGAUCUGCUCGCCCCCCCACCUGACACCAGGACAGCCCGGUUCAUGAACUUGUCUCUGAUUGGUCGUCCAGCUCACGGUGAGACCAGAGUGGGGCGUUUCCAGAAUGUGACUGAGCUGCGAUUGGCCGGUUUGGAGCUGACGGACGCGUCGUCCCGUCUGUUGGUGCGUUACGUCCCUCAGCUGAGCCGCCUGGACCUCAGCCAGUGUGGAAACAUCAGUGACCAGACGCUCCUCACCCUCACCUCCUCCAUCUCCCCCCUGAGGGACGGCCUCACCCACAUCAACCUGGCAGGUUGUGUGAAGGUGACGGAGCAGUGUGUGUCGUUGCUCCGUCGCUGCUCCUCCCUCCAGACGGUGGAUCUUCGUUGCUGCUCCCUCCUCUCCUCUGAGACCGGACAGCUGCUCUCCUUCCCUCCGCACAACGCCUCCUCUUCCUCCUCCUCGUCCUCUUCUUCCUCUGCCACCACCACGGCCGCUGCUUCGUCGUCGUCCUCCUCCUCCUCCUCCUCCUCCUCCUCCUCCUCCUCCUCCUGUCCUCCUGAAGACAGAACGCUGCUAAAGAACAGCUAAAGUCCUUCUCAUUCACGGGACACUCAGUCAUUGGUCUAGACGGCCCACAAGCCCCGCCUCCCACCUCCUUACACUACAGACAGGUGAGGAGGAGGAAGAGGAGGCACAUGUGCAACAUUCCCCCUGCCGUGAGGAGGAGGAGGAGGAGGAGGAGGAUCUCUGGGGAGGUUGUUGGUAAUAGUAGAAACCCUGAGCAUGUACAUAUUUGUUCUCUGUACAUUUAUGGGUCUGUGUAUAUAUGUGUAGUUUACUGUAAAUGACCUUUGAAACACCACCCCAACACUCCCUCCAUCCUACGACCAAUCAUCAUGCCCGUCAUCCACCUGCUCGUCUCUCACACACACACACACACACAUACACACACACACACACACACACACACACACACACACACACACACACACACACACACACACACACACAGGAACCUUUAUAAUAAGGACGGUCUGACAUUUGUCUCUGGCUAGGCUAACAGUUCCCCUCUGCUUCCAGUAUUUGUGCUAAGCUAGGCUAACAGUUCCCCUCUGCUUCCAGUAUUUGUGCUAAGCUAGGCUAACAGUUCCCCUCUGCUUCCAGUAUUUGUGCUAAGCUAGGCUAACAGUUCCCCUCUGCUUCCAGUCUUUGUGCUAAGCUAGGCUAACAGUUCCCCUCUGCUUCCAGUAUUUGUGCUAAGCUAGGCUAACAGUUCACCUCUGCUUCCAGUAUUUGUGCUAAGCUAGGCUAACAGUUCACCUCUGCUUCCAGUCUUUGUGCUAAGCUAGGCUAACAGUUCCCCUCUGCUUCCAGUCUUUGUGCUAAGCUAGGCUAACAGUUCCCCUCUGCUUCCAGUCUUUGUGCUAAGCUAGGCUAAACAUUUCAUUCAUUUAUUUCUCAGUGAGUGCCCUAAGAUGUUAAAUUGAGGCUCCAAAAAUGCGUCUUUUCUCUAUGAAGUCUGGUACACGUUACCCACAAUGCCCCUCUCUGUCAGUCCUCAUGUGUCUGCAGAGGGAUUCUUCUUUAAUUCGUGCGACUCACACUACAUGUUUUUAAUGUCUUCAGGUCGCUGAACACAAACACUAAUCCUCUAUUCAAAUAAAGUUCAUUCAAACGAGACCACCUCAACAAAACCAUGAAUGAAACGUCAGAAGAACUGCCAUUUUGAUUGUUUUGGUAUUUUUGCUCCUAGGCUUUGUGCUAAGCUAGGCUAGCAGUUUCCCUUUGCUCCCAGGCUUUGUGCUAAGCUAGGCUAGCAGUUUCCCCCUGCUCCCAGGCUUUAUGAUUAGCUACGCUAGUAGUUUCCCCCUGCUCCCAGGCUUUGUGCUAAGCUAGGCUAGUAGUUUCCCCCUGCUCCCAGGCUUUGUGCUAAGCUAGGCUAGUAGUUUCCCCCUGCUCCCAGGCUUUGUGCUAAGCUCGACUAGCAGUUUCCCUCUGCUCCCAGGCUUUGUGCUAAGCUAGGCUAGCAGUUUCCAUCUGCUCCCAGGCUAAGCUAGGCUAGCAGUUUCCCUCUGCUCCCAGGCUUUGUGCUAAGCUAGGCUAACCCCUGCUCCCUGUAAAUGUCAGACUGUUCCAUUAAACGUCUCACAGAUCAACGUGACACUAUUAUGUUUUGGAGCAAAGGUGUGAAGGUCAUUCAGGUGUGUGUGUGUGUGCGUGUGUGUGUGUGCGUGUGUGAGAAUCUGAGCCUCAGUGUCUUCAACGAUCGCCUCAUUCGUUCAUAUUUCCCUCGUUGUCUUUGAUGUUCAUCAUCAUCGUCUUCAUACUUCCUGUGAUCAGGUUCUAUUGGGAAGUUAUUGAUCGUGUUUUCUCAGGAGUUUGUUCUUAAUUUAUUUUUGUGCCUCCAGUCCAAAACUCACAUUCCUGAUCCUUCAUGUCUCACUUCCUGUUGAUCUGAUGGAUCUCCGUUGGUCUUCCUCGUGAUGAAGAUGUUCAGAUUACGAAGCGCAUUUCUGCCACAAAACAAGAUGGAAUAAAAGUAAACGAUUCUCUCUGCACAGUGAA